GGGCUGUAUCGCCAGUCGGCAACGCUCCGCCCAGGACAGCACAACCGGUGAGGAUAUGAAAACAUGGUGUAUCAUAAGUCUAGCCUAUCUUGGUUUAGUUGUAGGCAAACCGGCUACUGACGUUGGCUUGCCACUGAAAACAUCUACAACUACCAAGACAAGGAACAGGAGACAAGACACUUCUGAGGUAUGUGACUUCGGGACGGACACAGACUUGAUAAUGUGCGGUUGGACAAACAGGAAUGGAAGUGCGCUGAGGUGGGAACUUGGUGCUGGGACCUUGUCCAAUUGGCUGGGUGGCCCUACCAAGGAUGCGAGUGGUGGAGAAGAGGCUGAAAAGGGUGGUUACGUCUUUUUUGAAACAUCGCUACUCGCCGCACCAGUUAUGCGAGUCGACGACAUCACCAUCCGUGAAGGGCAAAAUGCUUACAUGGAGAGCCCAAUGCUUAGUAGCACAGGUCCAGAAGGAAAAUGCAUUGGCUUUAGCUUCUCCCUGGAUGGCCUCAGUGCUUCAGGACUUCGCGUUGUGCUCCAGCCGGUGGGAAAGGAUGGCAGACCUGAAUCCUUCUUCCGUGUUCUCUGGGGCUCCAAGGAUCCAACAAACAAGAUAUGGGUGUAUUCCGAAGUUCUCUAUACUUACAACAGAAACCACCAGAUUGUAUUUGAAGGAAUAGCCAAAGACUUACCAGACCCUCACCGAAAGUACAGAGGCUAUGUUGCAGUAGAUAAUAUUGUGAUUAAACCUGGUUCAGAAUGUAGGGGGCAUUGUACAUUUGAAGGAGGAUUUUGUGGCUGGAUUAAUGAAGAAAACGAUGAUUUUGAUUGGUCAUUGGGUAGGGGCAGUAGAAAUCCUUCAACAGGACCAGCAACUGACAGAUCUAGCUUUAUGUAUGGUGGAAUGGAAGGAGGUUAUGCAUUCAUUGAUUCUUCAUACCCAAGAAGACCUGGUGAUGUAGCUAAGCUUUCAAGUCAGGAGUUUGAACCUACAGGACCAGAUACACCACUUUGUCUCAGAUUUUGGACUCACAUGUUUGGAAAUGGAGUUGGAACCCUCAGUGUUUUAUUAAGUGACACAAGGGAAAGACAAGAUCAAGAAAUAUGGUCACUCACAGGUGAAGCUGGCAAUGCAUGGUAUCAGGCAGAAGUCUCUGUUUCAUCUUCUAACAAUUACAAGAUCGUUUUGAUGGGUAAAGUUGGAAAGAACAAUCUUGGUGAUAUUGCGAUAGAUGAUAUUUCCUUGACUCCAGGAAGUUGUCCAACUGCUCCACAAAUAGCUGCUCCAGGAUCUGGAGAUUGUACUUUUGAAGUAGAUGAAUGUGGUUGGAGUAAUGUUGUUUCAAGAGAGAGAAUGGAUGAUAUUGAUUGGGAACGAACAUCAGGGCAAUCUGUAAGAACUACUGCUAGAGACCAUACUCUGGGAACAGAAAAAGGAUAUCUCAUGACUUUGGCAAGAAGUACAGUACAACGACCAGGAACAAGAGCAUGGUUUACUUCUAGAGAUCUGAAACCAUCAAUUUCAACAAGAUGUCUUUCAUUUUGGUUCAUAAUGAAUGAACCUUUCAUAGAUAAUGCAGGUCCAAGUUUAGGAGCUUUGACUAUUUAUACUAAAAGUGGAAUGGAGAGUGAUGCUCCCAUGAAACCAGUUUGGCGUUUAUAUAACCAUCAAGGACCAGAAUGGCAGUAUGCACAAGCGUUGAUUCAGGAUCCUAAUGAUAUGAUAAUUAUUGAAGGGAUUUGGGGCUCAAGUAGAUCUAAUGGAUUUAUUGCGUUUGAUGAUAUUACUUUUUUUGGUGGAUCUUGUUCCACCAUGCCAAGUGGUGCAAUGGUGAGAACAGGUGAAUGUAGAUUUGAGCGUGACAUGUGUGGAUGGAAAAAUGCUACUGAAAAAAGUUCACCUUCAUGGAGAAUGGCUACUAGUACCAGAAGACCAGCUAACCUUGCUGAUAAAACCUUUGGAAGUCCAGAUGGAUACAUUUAUUAUGACCUGUUCAAUCAAAUGCUUGGAAGCAAUAUGGUACGAUUAGCUUCACCAUUGAUUCAAGGAAGUGAAGAGCAACAGAUUUGUCUUUCAUUCUGGUAUGCAGCGUUUGGUGCUGGAGAUUCUGCUCUUAUGCAAGUUAUUAGACAAGAUAAUAGCAGUUCCAACAAUGAAAUGGAAAAGAUUUGGAGUUUGGAAGUGAAAAAUGUGGACACAACAAGACCAUUGUGGAUGCCAGCUCAAGUCACAGUUGAUUCUAAUACUGAUUUUCAUAUCAUUUUAGAAGGCCAAGCAACAAAUGGCGGAUUUGCUGUUGAUGAUAUAACAUUCACACCAGGUUCCUGUCCAACAAGACCUGAGAAAGCAGAAAUCAAAAGUCAGGAGCUGCAGUCCACAUAAUUUCGAAAUAACGUUUUAAGAAAUCUAUGGACUACAAUGCUUCAGUUUUAAGGCAAGAAAAGAAAGAAGAUAUUGGAAGAUCUAUUACUUCGAAAUAGAUGCACAAAUGUAUAAUGUAGAUUACAAUGGUGCUGAAAACACCAUGACAUUUUAUUUUUUAUGAUUUUUAUCAUUUUGUACAUAUGUAGUUUUAAUCAAGUGAUAUUUGUAAAAUAAAUAUAAUAAUAAAGAAAAACAUUUAUUUGUUACUGUAAACAUAAAGUAAUGGUGCAUCAUCCCCUACUAUAAUACAACUAUCAAUGAAUAAAAAUUAAAUAUCACAAUGGACUAUUUCUCUUAUCUAAUCAUAAAUUCAAAGCCAUUUUUAAAUCGCCCAUCUGCUUGGUAGCGAUGAGAUACAAUUUUCACCAACCAAAGUAGUUGUAUAGUAAUUUAUUCAGAGUAAAACCAUAUUUUUGUCAUUAGAAUUGAAGCCUUGAAUUAAUUUUAUGUAUGUGUCAAAAACAUGUCACGUUUUUAAAACCAGUCAUGGAAGGUAAAGAUCUACUUCUUUAUAAAACGAUCUUGAGACUAAUUGUCACUUACGCAGGUGAAACGUGGGUCCUGACACAGGAAUGCGAGAAGAUCCCUCGGAUCUGGAAAAGGAAGGUGAUUUGACAGAUCUUUGGGCCAGUAUGUAUAGAUGGCUAAUGGAAAAGAAGAAAUAAUAGAGAACUUCGGGAAUUAUA